CACAAUUUGUGAGUCAUGAUAAGCUAAUGAAGAAACCUUUGAUCUCUGCAAAGUGAUAAACAGUUCAUGAAUUUUGUGCCUCAAGAGUUGUCUACCCAAAUAGGGCUGUCUGGUCAAGCUAGCUCUGAGACUAUCUGCCUGUUUAGGUAACAAUAAUAAACUAUUAACAGUUAUAACAAGUGUACAACCAGCUAGCUACGUGUGUUCACCUACUGUGCAGAAUUGUGUGUUGUGCAUGAGAGCCUUGUAUCUAGAUACUAUAGCCUCAACUAUACAGUUACUAUAGAGCUGCACACACGACAUGAAUCAAGAGUCUAUUGCUAUUAAACUGUGUGUUGUGGUUAAAUUCCAAGGCCUAGUGGCUGACGUAUACAGAUAUGAAGCUAUCAGAGAUAUUGCAAGCGUUUCAUGGCCUCGAGGCGUGCGAUCGUGUGGACCUCAUCUGUCGAAUGCUACGUCACUGUCUGGCAUUUGAAUCUCGAUUCCUCGGUACCGUAUUAUUAGACGCCUCUAAAGAGCAUUACAAAUCGCAAGUGAAUAAAAUUGAGAUACAUGCCAACAGAGUGAGCUACUACAAGCCCUUCCAAGAGUCAGGCCUCUCUCACCAAGUAUGUCUCAAACUGUGCAGUUCUCUGUCUGUUGUGCAUUCGGAUAAUCGACCUGUGGCUGAGGUCGUAUUCCAACUACUCAACGAUAAGAAAGUGCUGACGUUUUUUGAGGAAUGCAAUGAGCUCAAAGUGCUGAAGGAUUUCCGACUCCUCUACGUGAUGGCUGUGAAUCACCCUGCUCUCUCAUUCAACCAGCGUCAGCUACUCAUGUACACAUACCUGCAACGAAUGGACCUGCUCUUUAUAGAGAAGUCAAAGUACUCCUUCUCUGGAAGCUUCUCAGGAUCUGUGGAGAAAUCUUUGACUGGUGAUCCAGAAAGCUCGAGAUAUCCACCGGAGAUGCAGUUCAGCUCUCCUGCUCCCGAUGCCUACAUCACUCGGUGUGACGUGCACAGUGUGUAUCGAAGGUCAGGGGACAAACGCUACGUAUACAUGGUCCAGGUGGAGUGGUCGGAUGGAGCUACCUACACUGUCAGGAGAACCUAUGGAGACUUCUUCUCAUUCCAGACAAAAUUACUGGACUUGUUCCCUGAGGAGGGUGGUCAGAAGGGCAAGAAGCAUCCUCGCAUGAUCCCCUAUCUCCCUGGCAAGAACUAUCAGCGCUUCCUCAAGGGCAGAGAAACAGCUGAGAAGAGGCUACCAGAGCUACACAGAUACUCAAAAGAGCUGAUCUCACUGCCUGAGCAUAUCCAUCGCUCUCAUCAUGUGCUGGAGUUCUUCAGACCACGCCUCUCGGACAAGACGGAGGAGUACCCACCUCUGCACAAGAUCACCACCCUCUACGACCUCCUAGAGUCUGGCAAGGUUCGCUCCCGUGUCUUCUCUGAGCCUCUCAACGGUUCCCCCACCCACUCACCCAUCACACACUCACGCGGCCUACCACCACAGCGAGCAGCACUCUCCUCCAGCACAGAACUCACGUCCUCACGAGUCUCACAAACCCUCCCCCCUCCCGCCCACACACCCCUCGAGGAGAGCAUUGAGGCUGGGACCAGUGUGAUACCUCGACGGCCUACCUACCCCCUCAACCGGAAGAGUGCAUUCAACCCUGUCCCUCCAUUAGGGAGGUCUGGCCUGAGUGAGGAUGAUCUAGCAUCUACUGCUACACUGGUGUCUGAGGCCUCCACUGUCGGUGGUAUGUCUUCUGAUUGUCUCACGCCCACAAGUCAUCUCUCCUCGUCCUCCACAAGCCUCACAGCUCACACGCCCACGCAGCAGGUGUCUUCGACUACUCACACACCUCGUGCAUCCAUCACUGAUCCCACUCCACCCGUCAUAGCCUCGAUAUCCCCUCAGAGAGUGACCAGUACGCAGGACAGAUUAACAAACGUUAUUUCAACACAACAAAGCUACAUGUCAGAGUCCCCCCUUCCUAGACACCCGGUGGCCGUGUUACAACACUCACAGGGACCUAGUGGAGUGCCUCUAAUGUCUGGGACUAACACUGUACUAGUACCUAUGCAGCAACCUCCUGUCUUUGUAUCCACUUCUCCCCACCAUGCAUCACAUGAUGCUCGACAGGGUCAGGUCGUGUACAGUCAAGGUGGUAUCACGCUACUCAAUGCUAGAGAUGUCAUUGUAUCUCCAACCAGCCCAACAUCGAUGGUGUCUAACUCCUCCCCCACACUGAUGUGUCCAAACACUACCCACGGUAGUUACAUCAUGGGGCCGGCCAAUCAGAUUAUCGGAGUGGCCCCGCCGUAUUCACCUAUUCCCACGUACCCAUUCUCUCCGUCAGCUUCUCCCGUUCUGAGUCCAAAGAUGCCCAAGAUGUACGGCAGCUAUAACGCAGUUAACCAUCCUCCCACUGAACAGGACAGUCUCAUUCAAUGGCUCAAGAGCCUGCGAUUGCACAAGUACUAUAAGAAGUUUGAGAAUGUCACUUUUGAUGAGAUGUGUUCCAUGAGUUUGGAGCAGAUGGAGACACGGGGAAUGACCUCAGGGGCAGCCAAGAAACUGCACAAGAAACUUGAGGAGCUACAGGGCAGGAACUUUGGUGGAUUCAGGGACAUGCCAUUGGCCGCUGGAAUGACCCGGAAACCGUCCACCUGCAGUCUACCUGCUUCUCUCCUCAUGGAACGUGGUUUAACACCAUCCUCAAGUUUCGAAGGAUUCAGCCCGACUGGAAGCACUUGCUCCCUCGACAAGUUUGGCAGUGUUGGCCGUAUGCCCACCCCCUCUCAACACUCGUACCGUUACCCUGGAGAGCAUCACGAGAGGCAACACAGUAGAAGCUCUUGUAGCAGUGCUGUCAUCGAGGAAUCAGAUGCAGCCAUUUUAAGAGCCGUUCCGUUCAACUCUUCUCUGCUAGGUCGAUCAGAUCCCUGUGCUCAUAGUGAUCCGAGUGUCUUUACUGAGAAUAUGCCCUCUUCUAGUCCUAAAACACCAACACUACUGACAGCGAGAAAAAACAUGAAAACAGUUACCCCAGUACCAACCCCGAAAUCUAAUCACACUUCUGGCAGCGCUCGUUCUCCUGGAGGUCCCGGUUCAGUAUCGGAAUCAAGUACAAGUUGGGCUGAUCAGUCGGGUUCCAAUGAGAACAGCAGUGUGUUACCGGAUUGGGCCAUUAUGCCAGCCAAUGGAGAAGUCAAACACAAUGGACACAAACACAUACAGUCCAAGAUCUCAGGGGGAAUGGCCGAUUCCCAUCACAUCAUUCCUAUACGAACGAACUCUGAACAAAGUAAACCCUUCCAACAGUACAACUCGCAGGAGCGCGUCCAUUCUCCUAAUAAAUCUCCGCAUACACCGUCGAGAUCCAGACACACUCCAGUGAAUAAGCGGAAUUCGUUUGAAGGCUACAUCUCGAGUCCCACCCCUCUCAUAGAAGCCUCGCCCGUCAGACAACACAAACCACCUGUCAUUGUGGGGAAUAGGACUGACUGGGCCCCAGGCAGACACGAUAUGUUGCAGUCCACUCUUACGGUCGUGAGAACACAUCCCAACCAUCAGCAGACUAUUGUACACAGAGUACCACCGCAGUAUAUCAAUGGAGCUGCUUUAAAACCUGUUGGUGGUCACCAUGGAAGCGUGGGUCAUAGUAGCGUGUUGCUAAAUUAUGGAGCAGGGGGACGAUUGGUCAACCACAGAGCUGACCCAGGGCCAGUCACGUGCUUCAACUGUGGGAAGAGAGGCCAUCUUGGGAUGACUUGCCCUGCCAAUACCAUGGAGACCAAUGACCCUGACACAUUUCACAAGAAGCUUGAGAGCCUAGUUCACACUGCGAGCAAAUCCCCAGUCUUAUAGCACUAGCUAGUAGUACCCUCCCUCAUCAUCUAAGAUCAUCACUGUAUUUCUCUAUUGAACACUUGUGAUUCCUUGUGCUUAUUUUUCAUGCUUGUAAAUUCAAUCACCCAUAAUAAUUUUGAUAUUGAUUGUGAUGAGAUUCUCUGCAAUAAUUCAAUUCUGUGUUGACGAUCUUAA